CCUCAACUUUCACAUCGCCUCUUUUUCCCUCCCAAUCUCCCGUCUCUUCGCUGCGAAACCCGCCAGUUCAAUUCAGCUCCGACCAGCAGUUCGGAACGCACGAUCCCAUCAAUCCAUCGUCAUCCACCAGACAAGCCAGUGCCGACCGCUGUAUUCGAUUAACGGGCGCCAACGAUGGAUUCACAACGGUCAAAUGAGGUUUCGCCAGAAGCCAUGCAGGCGCGCAUCCAGCAGGCGCGUCGCGAGGCCGAGACUCUCAAGGACCGGAUCAAGAGGAAAAAGGACGAGCUUGCCGACACGACACUCCGCACAGUUGCUCAGCAAGCACAUGAGCCGAUCCCCAAGAACCAGCUGAUGAAGGCCAAGCGAACCCUCAAAGGCCAUCUCGCCAAAAUCUACGCCAUGCACUGGUCCACUGACCGAAGGCACCUCGUUUCAGCAUCUCAGGACGGCAAGCUAAUCAUCUGGGACGCCUACACAACGAACAAGGUCCACGCCAUUCCCCUAAGAUCGUCCUGGGUUAUGACAUGCGCCUACGCACCGAGCGGCAACUAUGUGGCGUGCGGUGGUCUGGAUAACAUCUGCUCAAUCUACAACCUCAACCAGAACCGAGACGGCCCGACAAGGGUGGCUCGCGAACUCUCGGGCCACGCCGGAUACCUUUCGUGCUGUCGCUUCAUCAACGACCGAAGUAUUCUUACAUCAUCAGGAGACAUGACCUGCAUGAAGUGGGAUAUUGAGACAGGCACCAAAGUCAUCGAGUUCGCCGACCAUUUGGGUGAUGUAAUGAGCAUCAGCUUGAACCCUACAAACCAAAACACCUUCAUUUCGGGUGCCUGUGAUUCCUUCGCCAAGCUUUGGGAUAUCCGUGCAGGAAAGGCUGUGCAGACUUUCGCCGGCCACGAGUCGGACAUCAACGCCAUUCAAUUUUUCCCAGACGGCCACUCUUUCGUCACGGGAUCCGAUGAUGCCACCUGCCGACUUUUCGAUAUCCGUGCCGACCGAGAGCUCAAUGUUUAUGGAUCCGAAUCUAUCCUCUGCGGAAUCACAUCUGUUGCGACAUCGGUUUCAGGCAGGCUGCUUUUCGCAGGUUAUGACGACUUUGAGUGCAAGGUCUGGGAUAUCACCCGUGGCGACAAGGUCGGAUCUUUGGUCGGUCACGAGAACCGGGUCAGCUGUCUGGGCGUGAGCAAUGAUGGCAUAAGUUUGUGCACUGGUUCAUGGGACUCUCUGCUCAAGAUCUGGGCAUACUGAGCACACACCGACAGUGAUUACCCAAGGAUCUUUAUUCUAUACUCUGGAUACCCCACAAAGAAUCCGGCCGGGGGGAAGCUAAGAACAAAUCUCGAAACCUUUCAAGCAGCCAUAUGCGAGAUUCACCUUCUACCUGGUCUCCUAAUUUUACUGCCACAAAGCCACUGGACUCUCGACGGCUGCUCGAAGCAGGAUCUUUGUCGGCAGUACUUUCUUGUACUAGCACGCUUUCCUUUCGGGUUCAGAUGUUACCUACCUACCUAUCUGAUAUUGGCACGUUACGCUUUCAUUCAACCAGCGAAGAUUUGGUCACAAAAAGCUGAUGGGCAGACUACAUGGCGAUGAUUCACCUGCUACACACUGAUUUCCUUUUUAUUUCCUCUUUUUCUGUUCCUGUUCCUUUUCCCCUCUGCUUUUCCUGUUUCCCUUGGUCUUGUAAGUCCGGCAGCGAUGUAGCUACCACCUUGUUCAGUUGGCUAUACCUUGCAUGUUAUGUUACUUUUUAUACUUUAUACCACCGCCAUCACACCAUUUAUGUCCAUUUUAUGUUGUUUUCGUUAUAUCUAGGUUGUGUCGGCUUACGUCGGAAGGGAGAAACUUACACGUGAUUUCGGGUUUGGGUGGCCACAGGAAACCCACCUAGUCUAGGUUUUCUUUGGAACCUCGCGGUCCUGUCUCGGGUGUUUGCGAGGGGAGUUUGAGGUUUUACGGAGGCCCAAAACAGUUAAUGGAAGUCAUUUUGCCGGAGGGAGCCUUGCUUUUGGGGCUGUAGUCUGAGUUGGUAAGGGGGGUGGUUGUCCUCUUGACUGGUUUCUCGAUUCUCGGACGUGGGGAAUCGAUUACGGGGCAAAACAAAAAAAAGGCUGUUGUGUUCUUACUACCUGUAUCUAUCUACUCGUUCACGACAGCUCUGCUUAAUCUAUUCUAACA